AAUCCUUCAGUCUCGACCAGUCCGUUGAGCUCGAAGGACUCCCUCGGCCUCAACUCACCCGAACUAAUUUUCAAUCCUCGGAUAUUAUCGGAUAAAAGGGUUCUAAGCCUCACUGCACUCAACGUAUCCCGCACUCCCAUUCUGACUCGAGGUCACGGGCUACGGUCGAAUCGUGAUAGCCGGAAACGUGACCGUGAAUCCCCUCCUAUCCCCGAGUACUCUGCGUUCCCGAUCACUAGGAGUUGAACGAAAAUAUCGGCUCGAUUACCUGGCCCCGGGUGUCUUCAUCGUCGUACCAAUGAAAAAUAAGUGUUCAUCAAAAUUACGGAAUAAUAUUGUGCGAGGAGUUGGUGGUGAAUAUUACGGGGUGAAUUGUAACUGUGUGUCUUAAGGGGGGAAUUGAGAGUUCUCGUUGUAAUUUGUCGAAACGCCUGCGGCAUCCCUUAUGAACCACCCUGUCGUCAAUUUCGUAUUCAAGUGAAACAGUAUCAAGGGGUGGGAUUGUGUGUGGUUACGCCCGGUUUAGUGUUCACCGUAGCAGUGAUAUUGCAGAUGUCAACUAUGCGGUGACACCGUGAGCUACAUAUCAACGCAUCAUUUCCCGAAGUCAUUACGCCAUAUCAUUCAAUCCAAUUAGAAAGUAUCAACUACUUGAUGUCGAGGUAUCAGCGUCUGUGAGAGCUGCCACAUCCAAUCAAUCAACACAAGCCAUGAUCGUCAACGCCACUUACUAGAGUAAAGAAAAAAAAAAAAAACUGGCAAAACUUGGACAACUAGAUCAAUACGAGAAAGGGACUGAGGUAGAAUUUACCAACACUCCGUCAACUCAUUCGUCCUUAGGACGAGGGUCGAGGUGUACCAGUAGCACUUGGUCAAAAUGUUGCUGAGGUAACGGCAGCCAAUCAUUUGGAAAAAUUUUCGCAGGCAUCGAUCCACCAAGAGGUGGAGGAAAAUAACGACCUGAACUGUACAACAAGUUGGAGGGGAGAAAGAAAGUUGGAAACAUUUCGGGAAAACGCAGUUCCGAAAAAAGCUCAGUGAUUUGGUCUUAACUCAAGAAGAAACUCGUUAGACGGUAGUAACAUCAUGGCAGCGUUUCCUCGUAGACGAUCACUGUGGCUGAAAGUCGCUGUAUUGGGAGCUGCUGUCUGGCUGACCGUAUGUUUUCUUCUUUAUACUGAGGAUCGUAAUGCUGCAGACGUGUUGGCACCAUCGGGCGUUGCAGCACCACAAAUUGCCAACGAAUUUGUACCACCACCAGCGCCAGUGAAACGAGAAAGUCCCGGUAAUCCACCGAAUAAGUUAGAGGGGAAUCAGCAAGCGGGACCGGAGCAAGGCGGUGGGGUAUUAGCUGCCCCGAAGGAGCAGGAUCCUGGGGCAAUGGGGAAACCCGUGUUUUUGCCGACAAAUAUGUCAGCUGAUGUGAAGAAACUCGUCGACUAUGGAUGGAUGAAUAAUGCCUUCAAUCAGUAUGUGAGUGAUCUCAUUUCGGUUCAUCGGACGCUACCAGAUCCUCGUGAUGCCUGGUGUAAAGAGCCAGGAAGGUACCUGGAGAAUCUGCCAGCCACAGCUGUCAUAAUCUGCUUCCACAACGAAGCGUGGUCGGUGCUCCUGAGAACAGUUCACUCAGUCCUGGACAGAUCGCCUGAGCACCUCAUCCAGGAGAUCAUUCUCGUCGAUGAUUUUUCGGAUAUGCCGCAUUUGAAGCGUCAGUUACUUGACUACAUGAUGAACUACCCUAAAGUCAAGAUAAUAAGGGCUGCUAAACGAGAGGGGUUGAUUCGUGCUAGACUUCUGGGGGCAGCAGCUGCAAAAGCUCCGGUUUUAACUUACUUGGACAGUCACUGUGAAUGCACCGAGGGUUGGUUGGAGCCAUUGCUGGAUAGAAUAGCUCGUGAUUCUACGACAGUUGUUUGUCCAGUUAUCGAUGUCAUCGACGAUACCACCCUGGAGUACAACUUCCGGGACUCCGGCGGUGUCAACGUCGGCGGUUUCGAUUGGAAUCUUCAGUUUAACUGGCACGCAGUACCAGAACGUGAAAAAAAACGUCACAAAAACUCAGCUGAGCCAGUCUGGUCACCGACAAUGGCAGGCGGUUUAUUCUCAAUUGAUCGAAAGUUCUUCGAGCGUCUUGGAACUUAUGACAGUGGUUUUGACAUUUGGGGUGGCGAGAAUCUUGAAUUAUCAUUCAAGACCUGGAUGUGCGGUGGUACUUUGGAGAUAGUUCCCUGCUCGCACGUGGGUCACAUCUUUAGAAAACGCUCACCCUACAAGUGGCGAACCGGCGUAAACGUGCUCAAGAGGAAUAGCAUAAGGCUGAGCGAGGUGUGGCUGGACGAGUACGCCAAGUACUACUACCAGCGAAUAGGUCACGACAAGGGAGAUUACGGGGAUGUGUCGGAACGCCAGGCGUUGAGGAAACAACUCGGAUGUAAAUCCUUCAAAUGGUACCUCGACAAUGUUUAUCCCGAGCUCUUCAUUCCCGGCGAAGCGGUGGCUUCUGGCGAGGUACGAAACCUCGGAGAAGGCGGAAACACCUGCCUGGAUUCGCCUGCCCGCAAAAAUGACUUGCACAAACCCGCUGGCCUCUAUCCCUGCCAUCGACAGGGCGGCAAUCAGUACUGGAUGCUGAGCAAAACUGGGGAGAUUCGGAGAGACGAGUCGUGCUUGGAUUACAGUGGAACGGACGUUAUUCUUUAUCCGUGCCAUGGCAGCAAGGGGAAUCAGCAAUGGAAUUAUAAUCCACAGACGAAACAAAUAAGACACGGGAGCAGUGACAAAUGCCUGUCCAUAACGGAGAGUAAGCAACGCCUGUUGAUGGAAGAAUGUUCGAGCUUAUCGCAGCGACAAAAAUGGUCGUUCGAGAACUACGACCCCUCGAAAAUGUGAUAUCACCUGCUCCAGUGGCACCAAUCCACCAACAAUCACCAUCCGUUUGACGCCCGAUCGAGAAUUACCUACCAUCGUUUCCCAGGCGCAAGGAUUCGCGUGGAUUGAAUCAUCUAGAGAGCAGUCUCCACGAAUAAAAAAACAAAUCUGAAAAGUUUUCUUAUUGAUGAUCGUACAAUUCAAUUGUUCCACUUGAAAGAACAAUAAUAACAUUUCACUGCUUGCCAGGAGAUGGACAGUCUCCAGCCCAGACUCAAGUACUCUAUCAAUUCCAAGACUGGGAAUAUAAUUCCAAGAUCUGCCCAUGAACCAAGACUCAACGUCAAAUCGAUGAGAGGCAUUCCAAUUUAUUCAUGGAUUGAAUAAAUUCUUACUCUUGACUUUUGCUUCACGAGAGUCAAGAGUACUUCAUAUCUAUCCAAUGCUCAUCGGAGUAACGCACAUAUUCAAUACAAAUAAAUAUCAAAUGUACAUAUUCCAACCGAUACAUUAUCGGCGCAAUGGAGCUCUAUAUUAGAUAUUAAAUGAUAGUCUUCUCGAAUUGAUAGUUUGAAAGGUUUUACACGAUUGGAAAUUAAUUGAAUAUAUCAUGUGCACUUGAAUAGCAAUUUGCAUGAGAGUUGCAUUGAAUUUUAAGUCAAAAGAUCAAUAUUGAAUUCCACAUUCCUCUGAAUUUUUAAUUAACCAAUAGUUCGAAAGUAUUAGAUGAUAUUUUUUCAUUUGUAUUAAUUUCCGAGAUAUAAUUUGACUGAAAUUUCGACUUUCCAAUUGCAUUUCUGUGGAUUUUUAAGGAUAAUUUGAAGAACUUCUUCAAGUCUACAGUAUUUUUCCAUAUUACAGAAGUUUCUCUUGAUAAAAUUUUGCAUUAACGUACGAGAAGAGAAAAUAGCAAACUUCGACAUGUUACUGACAAGAGGAUUCAAUGGAAUUCUAAAUUUUGUGAAUGAAAAGAUGGCAAUUUCUGAAAUCAUCUGAACUUUUAAUGAAAAGUCUAAGAAUCACUAGAACUCAAUUUCUCGUAAUUUUCGUGAAAUUCAAUGUUGUAAUGAAUGAGCAAAUGGGCCGUCGACUGCAUUUAAUUACUUGUACAUACCCAAGCUAUUAAAAAAUUCCUGAAUUGUAAGAAUUUCUUCCAAUGUCAACCUAGAAUUAAGCUUUUACUAUAUUAGAACUAUUUGAUACAUUGGAGAUGCUAUUGACGUGCAAUUGGUCUCCGACUGUGCUUGCACUCGACGGUUCGUUUGUCCCAUUCGUUAAUAGUUAUCGAACCUUUCUCAUUAUCAGAUUCUUCAAAUAUUACAAACCCCAAGAAGAUUGAACAUUCCAAAAAUAAUGAAUUCCCUGUUAACGACGUUUUUUCGUUAAUUAACUAAGAUUUUUGUUUAAUUCUAAGAGGUUUAACAGCAAUAGAAUGAACGUUAACAAAAUUUUCGGACUAUUCCGAUUAUUCUGUACAUUCAUGUAAGAUAAUUACCCUAAUGCCAGUUUUCUUAGUGAUAAAACCUAAAAUAAAUUAGCAUCAAAAUUAUCAGUAGAGAAUAAAAACUGUCGAAAUAAUAUGACUGCGAAAUUUUGAUGAAUGAACUUUGAUUGCAUCGAGUGAACGAGAGAAAAUCAUUAAGACAAAUUACGAAUUUAUUAAUUGACUUUUCAAGUGUGCCAAUAGAUUUAAAUCGAUGCAGUUGAUAUUCAAAAUGAAAAAAAAACAUAUGAAAGAAAUAUGAAAUAUCCUACGAUAAGGGGCGUGUGCUUAAUUAGAUUUUACGUUUAUCGAGAAAACGCUGAAUUCAUAAUUAAUGAAUUAGGUAUUUCGUACAGUGGUAUAUGUAAGAACGAUGUGUGAUUUAACGAUAGAACGAAAUUAAUAAAAAUUAUUGUCUUCUUGAGUAUUAAUAAAUUACAGGAAUGCUUGCUGGGAGGUAACUUUUAGAUUUAAAAUCACUUUACUAGUAUUGAAAUCAGAAAGAUAUUUCGAUUGAAACUACUCAGUGUAUAUACGAAUAUUUGAGGAUACUAUGAGCAUAUAUUAUAUGGCAUUUUCUACAUUUGGUAAGACUAGCAUAAGAAUGAAAGGAUAAACAGAAUAAUUAAGAGCGUGGGAAUAACAGAAUCAUCAAAUGAUCGUCUGCAUUAAUGAAUUAAUUAAUUAAAAUAUCAAAUUGUGCCUUAUUCCGUAUGUAUGUGAAUGCAAUUAUAUCAUUAUCGUAAUUAUAAAAAAAACCUCUAUAUCGUGCAAGCAUUUAUGUUGAAUAAAUCGAUGUUGUUUUAUGUUACAA